AUGACAAAUUCACCUAAUUCAAUAAAAAUAGAGGAAGGUUUAGAGUUAAACAUACAUACAAAUCCUAGGGAAUAAUAAAUAGAAUCUAAAUCAACGAUUGAGUCUGUAAAAUAGUUCACUGAUGAUUUAAAGUAAUAGAUUAAGAUCAAGAAAACAAGACGUAAGAAUAUAAGAAAGACAUAUAAUAAUGGUAUAUAGAUAAUUAUAUAGAAAAGGUCACUGGACCCAAAAGGAACAUAAUUUAUAUUUAAAAUUUAUAGAAACAAACAAGGCUAUAAUGAUUUAAUCAGAUUUAAAGAAACAAGAGAAGAUCUUUAAGUAAAUGUCUCUUGUGAUUAAAACACGAUAACCAUCGUAAUGUAGAUCUCAUCAUCAAAAGUUUAAUCCUUUCUGA